AUGUCCGAGGAUAAACGGGAAGAUACGUUCAGUUCUGCAUUUCCCAACAUCCUAGACGUUCGUAUCCUCAAAGCUCUUUCGGACCUGGGCUUUGCUCGCCCCACUCUCGUGCAAAAACGAGUCAUACCUACGGCACUUGAAGGACGCGACGUCCUUGCCAGAGCGCGCACCGGGAGUGGAAAGACAGCUGCAUAUUGCAUUCCUGUCGUCCAGAAGCUUCUUCAAGUGAAGUCGAGCCCACACGGAAAGCUUUCUGCAACGCGAGUUGUGAUUCUUGUCCCUACGAAGGAGCUAUCAGAGCAAGUGUCCCAAUUCCUCCGGGGGACCUUAAAAUAUUGCGAGGAUAUUGCGACCCGCAAUGUUGCUAGUGGCGGCUCGAGCCAAAUACAAACAUUAUUACUGUCUGAUGCCCAUGACAUAAUUGUCGGAACACCUUCACGUGUAUUGGCAUUACUUCAGAGCAAGUCACUGGAUCUAUCUAGCUUGGAAACUCUUGUUAUCGACGAAGCAGACCUUGUGCUGUCUUUUGGCCAUGAUCGAGACGUGCGCAGCAUUCUGACCGGCAACUUUCUCCCAAGAGUUUUCCAGUCCUUCAUUAUAAGCGCUACGAUGAGCCAGGAUGUGGAAGCUUUGAAUGGACUCGUUCUUCGUAACCCAGUUAUCCUUCAGUUGGACGAGCAGGAGGAUGACACAAAGCUGAACCAAUACUUCAUCCGGUGUGCCGAAGCCGACAAGUUCCUUAUUGUGUACGUCAUGCUGGUCAUGAAACUCGUGAAGGGAAAAUGCAUCUUCUUCGUGAACAACCUCGAACGCUCCUACCGAUUGAAGCUAUUUUUGGAGAGGUUUUCUAUCAAGGGUUCUGUGCUCAAUCCCGAUCUACCUGUCAACUCUCGUUAUCAUGCCGUUGAAGGAUUCAACAGGGGUUGUAUCAAUAUCUUAUCGCCAGCGAUGAGAGUGGGAACAAUGGCGAAUUCGACGUUGACAUUGGAAAUGCCACCGAGCAUUUGCAUCUCAGGAUCAACUGACUCGAAACGCAAGCGCAAACGUUCCACUCUUCGGGAGGACUCGCAUCAAUCUAAACGUCCAAGACAAGCUGAACGGAAAUCAAGGAGGGACAAAGAAGGCACUGAGUUUGGCGUCGCCCGAGGCGUAGACUUCGUCAAAGUCGCAUGCGUAAUCAACUUCGACCUCCCAACGUCAUCAAAGGGUUACACUCACCGGGUCGGCAGAACAGCCCGUGGGGGUCUCUCCGGCCUGGCGAUCUCCUUGAUCGUUCCUGGACAGGAAUUCGGGAAAAACAGAAAGGCUGGGCUCACAGUGCCAAGUACACAGUACGACGAAGAGGUGUUCGCCCGUAUCGAAAAGGAUCAAGCAAAGAAGGGCAAUAAAAUAAGCGAGUACCAGUUUGAUAUGAAGCAAGUAGAGGGUUUUCGGUACCGAGUGGAGGACGCUUUGCGAACAGUAACACGUGAAGCUGUAAGGAACGCAAGAGUGAGAGAGAUGGAAAAUGAACUUCUGAACUCGUACAAAAUCAAGACUUAUUUUAAAGACACCGGGUUAAACGUCGACGUGAUUCGACACGACGAGCAUUUGGAACCGUCUAAAGUUCAACUGAAUCUAAAGAGUGUUCCGCAGUAUCUCCUCCCACAAACGGCUUCUACAUCCAGAACAUCUGCUAGCAUUGAGAUUGAUGAACCCAAACAAGACAAGAUCGAACAGGGAGGUAGGGAAGGGAGUAAGAACAAGGGUGAGAGGAAGGGCAGGGGCAGGGGCAAGGGAGAGGUUCAAAAUCGCGCGAUCCUCUGAGAAACUUCCGAUAGCGAAUUGUUCAUGGUGCGUCCCGGCAAUAAUUAGGCUCGUCGGAUGUCUAUUGUCAUAGAGGCUGCCUCAGC